AUGUCCACCCAGCCUCUUCUCCAACGCACGGCCGGCAAGCGUAUCGCGCUCCCCGUCCGUGUCGAGCCAAAAGUCUUCUUCGCCAACGAGCGAACAUUCUUGUCAUGGCUCAACUUCACCGUCACCCUCUCGGCGCUCGCAGCCGGUCUGCUCAACUUCGGUGACAAGAUCGGCCGCAUCUCGGCUGCCAUGUUCUCCUUUGUUGGUGAGUCUCUGCAACGUCAUCUCGCCUCGGCGUCCACGCCUGGCUCGUAUGCUGACCCGACCCCACCUCUACCACUCGAUCUCACUUCCACAGCCAUGGCUAUCAUGAUCUACGCAUUGUUGACGUACCACUGGCGAGCGAGCGCCAUCCGCAACCGCGGAUCGGGCCCGUACGACGACCGCUUCGGCCCCACCGUCCUCUCGGUCAUGCUGCUCAUUGCCGUGCUCGUCAACUUUAUCCUCCGUUUCAACGCCUAA